AUUGCCAGAGCAUUCACCAGGCCGGCUGCUGCGCCAGGAGCAGCGAACACAUCAGCCCGAUCACCCCCGGCUCUGAAGGGAGGGCUGUGGGUUGGGCGCGAUGGCAGACGAUGAUGGAUUCGUAGGGGCCAAGCUAGAGCGGGACAGGCAGUCAGGCGACGCUGGCUUUGAUGCAGCCGCCUACAGCUUCUUUGGGGAUAUGGCGGGCGAGGAUGAUGCGCUGGAGGGUCCCCUGGAGGAGGGCCUGGAGGGUCCGCCCGAGGAGGAGGCGCCCGACCCCGACCUGCUGCUGGAUGAGGAUGAGGAUCUGUCGUAUGCCAGCAUGUUUGCGGCGGCGCUGGAGAGCGACCGCGGCGGCAUGGCCUCGGCGGCAGGCAACCAGCUGCACCCGCCUGCGGGGCAGCAGCAGGGCGAGCCCGCGGCUGCGCCAGCCGCCACCAGCGUGGCCGGCCCCAGCCCCGGCGGCUCGCUGUUCAGCGAUUUCGACCUGUCCGCAGACCUGCGCCCCACGCCGCCCCGUGCCAAGCUGGGCAGCAUCGCGCUGGGGGGGCUGCUGGCAGCCGGCGCGCCCGGCCCCGGCUCGCCCUUUGGCUCCGCGCCCGCCAGCAGCCCCUUUGGUGGCUUUGGCUCCACCCCAGGGAUGCCCAUGCCGCCGCCGCAGCCGCGGCCCUCGCCGCUGUCUGACCCAGCUGUCAUGCACAUGGGCCCGCCGCCGCCACCACACAUGGCACCCUCGCUUCCCGCUGGCGGCCUGGGAGGCCCUCUAGGCCCGCGUGCCAUGACGGCGCAGGAGCUGGAGGCACAGCUGCUGGGCGGCGGAGGCGGCGCGGGCCAGCAGCAGCAGCAGAUAGGGGGCCCGCCCAUGCAGCAGCCGCCGCCGCCUCAGCCGCACUAUGGCGCCAUGGGCAUGCCGCCUCCCCAGCACAACGGCUACCCGCCCAUGCAGCAUCAGAUGCAGAUGCAGGGCCCGCCGUCUGGCUACGGCAUGCCUCCAGGCGGCCCUGCGGGGCCCAUGCAUCUGCCGCCGGGCUACGGCCUGGAGCCGUACCCAGCGCCCAUGCAGGGGCCGCCGCCGCCGCCCCACUUCAGCCCCGGCGCGGCCUUCCCCCCCAUGUCGGGCCCCGAGCGGCCGCCGCCGCGCCCCAUCCCCAUGCAGCACCCGGGCAUGUUUGGGGGGCCGCCGGGUGACAUGCAGGCUGCGCCGCCGCCAGGCUACGGCCCGCCCCCUCCCGGCAUGCAGCAGCAGCAGAUGGGCGGCCCGACACGCGGGCCGGGCCCAGGCUUCGCGCCGCACAUGCGGCCGGGGCCGCCGGGCAUGAUACCGCCCCACAUGCGGCCGGGGCCGCCCGGACCCUGGGCGCAGCGCCCGCCGCCGGACAUGCCGCCGCCGGGCCAGCCGCAGCCGCAGCAGCGGCACCCGCAGCACGCCACGCUGGCGCAACGCCUGCGGGCGCUCAACCUGGCAGACAGGCACGAGGAGGUGCGUCGGCCCAUGCUGCGCAGGCGGUACCAAUCGCGGUACAUGGACCACGAGGAGAUCGAGCACAUACUGGCCAUACAGUGGCGCGCCCUGCACCAGACCACCCCCUACCUGGAGGACUACUACUACCAGGCCUUCCUGUACAAGUACUACGCCAAGAGGAACAGGAGGAGCUUCGCGCCAGAGUCGGUGCGCGAGCUGGCCCCCACCGAGAAGACUGCCGGCGACGAGGUGGCGUUUGUGCGGGUGGAGGGCCUGGGCCGCCUGCCCUUCUCCAACAUCCGCCGCCCGCGCCCGCUCAUGGACAUUGCGCCCGGCCAGCCGCGGGGGGGCACGGGCAGCGAGGGCGAGGGCGAGGAAGGCAGGGGCGAGGGCGAGGGCGGCGAGGGCGAGGGCAGCGCGCGGCCUCUGGAGCAGGAGCCCAUGCUGGCUGCCCGCAUCAUGAUUGAGGACUGCAUGUGCCUCAUCCUGGACGUGCUGGACAUCGACCAAAUCUUUGUGGCGGCAGCGGGAGGCCCCGUGGAGGUCGAGGGCGCGCUGCGCACGCGGCGCUCGCUUUUGCUGGACGGCCUGGCUGCCUCGCUGCGCCUGCCCGAGGCGGCGGUGGUGGCGCCGCCCACGCCCGGCGCCGGCGCCGGCGCCGGCGAGAUGGGCGACGGCGUCUUCCUGCGCCUCAUGGCCCUCACAAAGGGCAAGAAGCUGCUGGCCAGGGCGCUGCGGGUGGUGUACCCUGCGCCAGAGGCGGUGCAGCCGCGCCAGCCGCGCUCCGCGCUCGUGGACGGCCAGCUGGCGGGCGGCGCGCCGCCCGCGCCGCACCCGCCCAACCUGCGCGUCGUGUGGGCCGCGCUGCGCAGCCUGCGCUUCCUGUUCUCGGGCCGCCCCGGCGGCGCCGAGGACGUGGCGGCCUGCUCGGCGGCGGCGGCGGCGGCGGCCGAGGUGCUGCGCCGCCUGCACUCGCCCCGCGCCGUGGCCGACUGCCUGGCGGCGGCGGUGGGCGGAGACCUGGACGGCGCGCCGCUGCUGGCCAGCCAGCCGGACGCGGUGCUGAUGCCGCUGUUCGCGCCAGGCGCCACGGCGCACGACACGCAGCGCCCCUGGCUGGCAGACGUCCUGACCGCGCUGCUGCAGCGCGGCGCGGAGCUCGACCUCCUGCCCGGCGCGGCGGCGCCCGAGCGCGAGGCCGCGGCGGCCGCCGCCUGGCGCCACCACCUGCCGGCGCUGUACUCGCUGGUGGAGCGGCACGUGGGGGCGCUGCAUGAGGCCUUCCAGGCCGGGGUGGCCAUGGGGGAGCAGGAGGCGGCGGCGGAGGUCAAGGCGCUCAUGCCCAUCAGCCUGGUGCGCGUGCUGCUGCCGCACUGCACCGCGCAGCAGGCCGGCGUGCUGCGCAGGCAGCUACUAGACCUGGGCGUGUGA